CAUUUCCCGGUCAGCUGAUUCAGACUGGGGAUAGACAAGCGGACUGCUAGCAUCCACAAUGAUAAUCCCGUCUCAUCGUCUGGACGGCGUUUGAAAUGAGUCACACGAAUCCGUAAAAGCCACUUAAAACCUUGAAAACCCCCGGAUUAAUACCCGAGUCCCUGCGUGUUUGUGUCCACCAGCAUCGAGCAUCGGAUCUUGUGGGAAAGCAGCAGACAAGAGCCUUGUCCCCUGCUUCUCUCCUCCUCUGUUUACUGGAAACUUCCUCUCCUCUCCUGGCCACUGACAGGCCUUUUUCCUACAGCAGUGCCAGAAACGGACGCUGCUGAGAAAGCCACAGUGUCAGACUGAACUGGAUUCAAUGAGGGAGCCAGAUCGGGAGGAGCAGCCUGAAGCCAACAUGCCCCCCAAGUUUAAACGACACCUCAACGAUGACGAGGUCACGGGAUCUAUUCGCAGUGAGAGGAGGAACCUGCUGGAGGAGGACUCUGACGAGGAGGAAGACUUCUUUCUGAGAGGGCCCACAGGACCCAGGUUUGGACCUCAGAAUGACAAAAUCAAGCAGGUGCAGUCGCAGGUCGAUGAGGUGAUCGAUGUGAUGCAGGAGAACAUCUCCAAAGUGAUAGAGAGGGGCGAACGUCUCGACGACCUGCAGGACAAGUCGGAGAGCCUAUCAGACAACGCGUCUGCCUUCAGUAGCCGAGCCAAACAGCUGCACAGGAGGAUGUGGUGGAGAGACAUGAAGAUGAAGAUGAUUAUCGCCUUGGUUGUGAUCGCGCUCCUGCUCAUUAUCAUCAUACCAGUGAUCCUGCGAUAUCGCUAGUGUCUGACGUGGAAGAUGGGAAAGAACCCUCCUCUUCCUCUUCUUCCUCUCUCUCUCUCUCUCUCUCUCUCUCUCUCUUUCUCUCACUCUCUCCUCUGCACACAGUUCUCCACUCCAGCUAGGGGGUGCCAGCCAACCCCCCCACACCCUCCUUAGUAUCAGCCCGUGUACCCUCAAGGAUCUGGCCUCAACUUGCCCUUAGUACAGAUCUUAUUGUUGGCAUUUCCUCUGAAAUCUGCUGUGAGAUCAGUCCUAAGGCUCGGUUUGAUCCCUGGCUUCGAAACCUAGCUACAGAAAGGGGAACACAGCGGGUAAGGGUUGGGGAGAUAUUUGAAUGCAGUUUAGGAGAAAACACUUACUCUCAGCCCUCAGUGUGAAGGAGUGGUCCAUUCCACGGCACAUAUCACAUGUUGGACCCUGGCUUUGCCUUGUCAACAGGGAAACUCCGGGUCCUGCAAAUUACAUAACAUAGAUAGAUAUUGUAAAGGCAGGCAAUCCAUGGCAACUGUCGAUUUUUAGUUUAGCUGGUCUGAAUCUUCUGCAGCAGCCUCAUAUAAAGACGCUGUAACAUCCACCGAAUGAACCUCAGAUGUCUACCCAUGAUUCCUCGUGUGCUCUCUCGCUCUGAAACACAGACGAUGAGAACGUUUAAAGAGAACAUUCUGUGAACACGAGCACGUUUCUCUGUCUGACGCGAGGCGAGGGAACAUCUGAGGUUCACGUGCACAGUCGAAGGUGGUUUCCUCUUUUAGUCAUCAAACAGGCUUUCCGACAGAAAUUUCACUUAUCAGAUACGUUCCCUCAUCUGCACAGAUGAUCGGAAAAGGGAAAUGCCAUUAUGUUAGGCCAACAUCCUGCUUUCUAACAUUAUUUUUACUCCAUAAAUUUCCAUUUCCGCCUCGCCCCCCCCUCGAUAGCUGGUUAUACUGUACAGCAGGACCAUGUCAAACCAAAACGUCCUGAUUAUGAAUGUCUCCUCACUCGAAACUUCUCACCUUCCUCCUCAGUUGUGCUGAGCUCUGGGCCGGUUUGGUCACGGCUGUCCUACUUUCCUGCUAGUGACAUUAAACUGCCUCUCACUCUGCAGAUGGUUCUGUUAAUACCGCUUCUGUCUUUUUUUUUUUUUUUCCCACUACUCUUAAGUCUUUAUUUCUGCUGGUCGCUCGUUGUGGUGCUUUGUAUGAAUGCUGGUUUUCCCAUCGCCGCCGACGGGACAGUUUAUUUCUCUGUACUGUCACAUCACAUUCAAAGAGGGGUAAUUUAAGUGAUGCAAGUUUAAAGUGGAGCUGUGAAACAAACGUAAGUGUCACUGUGUCUGGAUUAAUUAACUGUAAAAUACAACAAAACUUGACAUUGUCAUUUUAUUUUAUCUUAAUGUAAUUUAUUUUAGCUGUAAAUAUUGAUUCUGUAAUGAUGUACAAAUAUUCUGGCAUUGCAUUGGAAGACUGCGAUAUAUUGAUCCUUUUGUUUUUUUGCUCUGAAAUAAAGUGAUUUUAAAGGG